AUGAAGCAAGAUGAAGCUGCUGAUGCUCUAGAAGGUGGGCUGUUCCUCAUUCAUCAGCUGAAAUGUGGCCUAAAGAAGAAGUAUCAAUGUGUGUUUGAAGGAAUGGCGAAGCAAGGUGACUCCACACUCCUGAAUAACAUCUACACAGAUCUCUACAUCACUCAGGGUGGCAGUGAACAGGUCAAUACUGAACAUGAGGUGAGACAGAUUGAAGUUGCUUCCAGACGUCAUGAAGCACAAGAGAUACAGGUUGAAUGCACACAUUUGUUUGAAGCGCCUGAACAAGACGAGGAGAUCCGAACUGUACUGACAAAAGGAGUCGCUGGCAUCGGGAAAUCAGUCUCUGUGCAAAAGUUUGUUCUGGACUGGGCUGAAGGAAAAGAAAAUCAAGAUAUCAGCUUCAUAUUUCCUCUUCCAUUCAGAGAGAUGAACUUAAAGGAGAAAGAAAAACUAAGUUUGAUGGACCUUAUAACUCAGUUUUUCCCAGAGACAAAAGGACUGAACCUUACAAGAAGAAAUCAUUUCAAAGUGCUGUUCAUCCUUGAUGGACUGGACGAAUGUCGCCUUCCUCUGAAGUUUGAUUGUAAUGAGACGUGGCGUGAUGUAUCGUCACCAGCCUCUCUGGAUGUUCUCCUAACGAACCUCAUGAAGGGAAAUCUGCUUCCUUCUGCUCUCGUCUGGAUCACCAGCAGACCAGCAGCUGCCAGUAAGAUUCCUCCUGACUGUAUCGACCGGCUGACAGAGAUACGAGGAUUCAGCGACGCACAAAAGCAAGAGUACUUCAAAAAAAGAUUCAAGGAUGAUAUUCAAGCCAACACAAUCAUAGAUCAUGUUAAACAAUCAAAGAGUCUCUUUAUCAUGUGCCACAUCCCAGUCUUCUGCUGGAUUUCAGCCACUGUUCUCCAGAACAUUCUGGAGGAGAAGAGAAAUAAUGAUGUGAAAAACACUCAGGCUGAUGAGAUCUCUAAAACACUGCAGGAAUCAAACACUGAAGACACUCCCAAGACUCUGACACAAAUGUACACACACUUUCUCCGCUUUCAGAUCCAGCAGAGCCGCCGAAAAUAUGAUGGAGAAUACACACCAGAUGUUUCCUGGGAUAAAGACGCCAUCCUUUCACUGGGGAAACUGGCAUUUCAUCAGCUGGAAAGAAACAACCUGAUCUUCUAUGACACAGACCUGGAAGCCUGUGGUCUUGACGUCUAUAAGGCAUCAGUGUACUCAGGCAUGUGUACCCAGAUCUUUAAGGAGGAAACAGGGAUCGUUCUUGGUACCAUGUACUGCUUUGUCCACUUGAGCAUUCAAGAGUUUAUUGCAGCCCUUUAUGCACAUCUGUUUCUAGACAUCAACAAGACAAGUGUGUUUGAUCAUGAGUCUACAGAACAGGAAAACAGAAAUGAAACCAUGAUUGAUUUUCUCAAGACUGCAGUGGACAAGGCGCUGGAGAGUGACAAUGGACACCUGGACCUUUUCCUUCGCUUCCUUCUCGGUCUGUCACUCCCGUCCAAUCGACGACUCUUACGAGGUCUGUUGACACAGCGAGACUGCAAUGACCAGAUCAACAAGGAAAUAGUUCAGUACAUCAAGCAGAAACUAGAAGCUAAUCUUCCUGCAGAGAGAUCCAUCAAUCUGUUCUACUGUCUGAAUGAACUGAACGACCAAACUCUGGUGAACGAGAUUCAGACCCACCUUAGCAAAGGAAGUCUCUCAUCUGGUGACCUUUCACCUGCCCAGUGGUCUGCUUUAGCCUUUGUGUUGUUGACAUCAGAGGAAGAGCUGGAGGAGUUUGAGCUUCAGAAAUUCAAGAAAUCAGACGAGUGUCUCAUUAGAUUAUCGGCAGUCAUUAAAACCUCCAAAACAGCCCUGUUAAAUGAUUGUAACUUAACAGACAAAAGCUGUUCAGCUCUGGCUGCAGUUCUUGGAUCCGAUACCAAUCUGAAGGAGCUGAACAUGAACAAUAAUAAUCUGCAGGAUUCAGGAGUGAAGCUGAUCUGCACUGGACUGAAGAAUAUAAAGUGUAAAUUGGGGAUACUGAGAAUCUCUAACUGCAGUGUAACAGAAGAAGGUUAUAAAGCUCUGGCUUCAGCUCUGAGAUCAAACCCUUCACACCUGAUAGAGCUGGAUCUCACAGGGAAUGAUCCUGGACAAUCAGGAGUAAAGCAGCUCAAUGAUUUACUGCAGGAUCCAGACUGUCAACUGAAGACACUCAGGUUUUUGAGUCCUGCUGCAGAGGAAGCCUGUCAGUAUGUGAAUAGAGUUGUGGGUGAAAACCCGUUUCUCCAGAGAAAGCUGAAUCUGAGUGUACAUAAACUAGGAGACACACAAGUGAAUCAGAUCGCUGCUCUACUGCAGGAUAAACACUGUCGACUGAACACACUGAUUCUGUAUAGAUGCAGUAUUACAGAGAAACAGAGUCUCAUCCUGACUUCAGCUCUGAAAUCAAACCCGUCACACCUGAGAGAGCUGGACCUGAGCGGGAAUAAUCUAGGAAACACAGGAGUGAAGCACUUAUGUGCCGUACUGAAGGAUUCACACUGUAAACUGGAGAGAUUGAGGUUAAGCUGCUGUGAUAUGACAGAUGAAGGUUGUUCUGAUGUGACUUCAGCUCUGAAAUCAAACCCGUCACACCUGAGAGAGCUGGACCUGAGCGUGAAUAAACUAGGAGACUCUGGAGUGAAAAACCUCAGUGAUCUACUGAUGAACCCACAAUUCAAGCUGGAGAAACUACAGUUAAGCUGGUGUGAUAUGACAGAUGAAGGUUGUUCUGAUGUGACUUCAGCUCUGAAAUCAAACCCGUCACACCUGAGAGAGCUGGACCUGAGCGUGAAUAAACUAGGAGACUCUGGAGUGAAAAACCUCAGUGAUCUCCUGAUGAACCCACAAUUCAAGCUGGAGAAACUACAGUUAAGCUGCUGUGAUAUGACAGAUGAAGGUUGUUCUGAUGUGACUUCAGCUCUGAAAUCAAACCCGUCACACCUGAGAGAGCUGGACCUGAGCGUCAAUAAACUAGGAGACUCUGGAGUGAAAAACCUCAGUGAUCUACUGAUGAACCCACAAUUCAAGCUGGAGAAACUACAUCUGAGUGAUUGCAGUAUUACAGAGAAACAGAGUCUCAUCCUGACUUCAGCUCUGAAAUCAAACCCGUCACACCUGAGAGAGCUGAACCUGAGCUGGAAUAAUCUUGGAAACUCAGGAGUGAAGCACUUAUGUGCCGUACUGAAGGAUUCACACUGUAAACUGGAGAGACUGAGGUUAAUCUGCUGUGAUAUGACAGAUGAAGGUUGUUCUGAUGUGACUUCAGCUCUGAAAUCAAACCCGUCACACCUGAGAGAGCUGGACCUGAGCGUCAAUAAACUAGGAGACUCUGGAGUGAAAAACCUCAGUGAUCUACUGAUGAACCCACAAUUCAAGCUGGAGAAACUACAUCUGAGUGAUUGCAGUAUGACAGAGAAACAGAGUCUCAUCCUGACUUCAGCUCUGAAAUCAAACCCGUCACACCUGAGAGAGCUGAACUUGAGCUGGAAUAAACUAGGAGACUCUGGAGUGAAAAACCUCAGUGAUCUACUGAUGAACCCACAAUUCAAGCUGGAGAAACUACAGUUAGUAUCAUUAUACUGUACAGCAAUUACAGUGUGACUGAAGUUUAUUUAUUUGAAGACAGCAGGGC